CUCUCGCCUGCACAAACUGAGACAUGGGCCAACAACAGGCCUGCGGCAAUCUCGGUGGAGGGAAAUGUGAAGCUCCCUCUCUUGAACACUACGUAGUAGCACCGACGCUAGGCUGCGGCUCUUGCACUCCGCGCCGAGGGGGCUCAGUUCAAUUCAGCUCGGCGUCGUUCGAUUGCCUUUGAGAGUGUCGCGAUGGUUUCGGGAUAGCGGAGUGCGAGCCGAAAGGGCUUUGUCAGGGGACUUGCAGAAUGUCGAAAUUGGGGUGGUCGCUGCCUCGUUUGACUUCAGCAGCACAGCUAAGCUUAGUAAGAUGCACGGCAAAACCCCAGCGCAUGCAGACUAGUGGCUCGUUAUAUUCCGUAGACUGGAAGCAGGUGAUAGCUGAACGGCAAGAGACAGGAGGCAUGGAAGUAGUUGAAGAAGCCUCCACCAGCUCGUCAAAAAGUUCUCGGUUUUCGAAACAGUCAGCAAGCCGCACGGUGUCAAAACGCAGUGACGAGGAUCCAGUUCAUGCAGUAAUACUUGUUCACGGCAUCGUGUCAACAGUACGUGACUGGGAUUACCUUCGAGGGGAGCUGAAAAAGAAACUGGGACGUCGAUUUCUCAUUUAUGCAAGCUCGUCUAACGAGUUUCUUCUCACCUUCCAAGGCGUCGUAACGGCCGGAGAACGUCUAGCCAAUGAGGUCAGGACUCUCGUAAAGAAGAAUCCCAGUCUACAAAGAAUAACAUUUGUGGCUCAUUCUUUAGGAGGCCUAUUUUCUCGCUACGCGAUUGCCUUGCUCCACGAGCCACAUAACAGCGAGGGGGUUACCGUUGGUGACCCUGAUCAACGACCUGGGUUGAUUGCCGGUUUGGAGCCAGUAUGUUUUAUCACGUUGGCUACCCCACACUUGGGAGCUUUUGGAAAGGGUCAGCUUCCGUUUCUGUUGGGUGUGCAAUUUUUGGAGAAGCUCGCUCCGUCUGUAGCUCCGCUCGUCACCGGGCAAACAGGAAGCCAGCUCUUCCUUUCUGAUGGCUCAUUGUCGGAAACAAAGCUUCCUAUUCUCGUUGAAAUGGCCGCUGACAGCAAAGGCAAACCAUUCCUAUCAGCACUCAAAGCAUUCAGGUUGAGACUGUGCUAUGCAAAUGCUGGCUACGACCGCAUGGUUGGCUGGCAAACCGCGUCUAUCCGCAGAGCAGCUGAGCUUCCCGUGCUUCCGAAGACAUCGAUUAGCCCGCUUUAUCGCCACAUCGUGCUUGUCCAAAAUUGUCUUGCUGCUGAGGGCACUGAUUUGCCUGAUCCCAGAUCUUUCACAACUAACCCUUCUAAGGAUCACGAGCUUUAUCAAGAGUAUAUGAUUGCUGGUCUGCAACGGGUGUCGUGGAGGAAGGUGGACGUGAACUUUGAGGAGGCCUUCUGGCCAUUCUCUGCCCACAACAACAUCCUUGUGAAAAUGGAGUGGUUGCAUUUUGAAGGCGCUGGAGUUGUUAGACAUGUAUCGGACACAAUUCUAGAGCAGCACUCAGACGCAUUUCUCAGCAAACUCUGAUCAUUGGUCAUUUGCUGAUUGGAAUGGACGGUACCUUUUCCAAAGACACUGUGUUCCUGUCCCCUACUGCCUCUCGCAUCGCAUCCUUCCAGGGUGCCUCAAUGCCAUGCUGAGUGUAAUGAAUGGCACACCUCGCCGAGCAUGUCUGAGAACAGCUGCCUGCAAGACUGCUUUUUGUUUCUUUCAGUUGUGUAAACCUUUCGAAACCCUCACGCU